UACGACACCACGUUGAACGUACGGCAUUGAUGUUACUGCAACGCGAGUGAGAAGUACAUGUGAGCCGUUUGUUUUGGUUCGAUCCAGACUUCAAUGUGUUGAAUUUCUGACAUUUAAAGAGCAACAUGAACGAAAGGUCGCUUCCCGCCUCCCCUAACUGGUACUGCUCGCGCUGCAGUGAUGUCAAUAGCAAUGGUUUACUGGGCUUCGGAGCCAACACCGUCAUUUACCUGGUUGACGUUUCUGCGUCCUCUUGCAAGAUUACAGGUGAGCUUACGGGCCACAGGGACUUGGUGUCGGGCUUUUCGUUCUGUCAGCACCCGGAGCAGAGUCACUUCUGCGUCAGCGCGUCUACUAAUGGCACCGUUCACUUCUGGGACUCCAGCAAUAAGACUCUAAUGAGGGAGCAGGCUGCUCAUCAGAAUCCCGUCUCAGCGGUGCACUGGUCCCCUGCGGAUAAAAAUCUGGUGGUCUCGGGCGACGAGAAGGGUGUGGUGGUCUGCCACUGGUUCCACACCGGAGAUACGGCCAGCUUCUUCCCAGAACCCAGAACCAUCUUCUGCCUGAGCUGUUCUCCUCACAGCUGGAAGUCUGUGGCUGUCGGGUAUAAAGAUGGAAUGAUCGUGUUGAUCGAUGUGAGUAAGAAAGGCGAAGUGAUGCAACGCCUCCGUGGACACGACAACGAGAUCCACUCUGUGGCCUGGUGUCCUGUGACUGGAGAGGAUGCCUUCGGCAGCAGAGCUGAGGAUGGAGACGGAGCUGAUGGAGUUCCAACAGAAGGCGAGACGGGAUGCUUCCUGGCUUCUGGGAGCAAAGAUCAGACGGUCCGGAUCUGGAGCACAGCGAAGGGAAAAGGCGUGAUGACGCUGAAGCUGCCGUUCCUGAAGAGGAGAGGUUCUGCUGUCGACCCGGGAGUCAAAGAGAGGAUCUGGCUCAACGUCCUCUGGCCGAAGGGCAGACCCACACAACUCAUAUCCAGCUGCUUCAGUGGGGAGUUGGUGAUGUGGGAUUUAGCCAGUACAGGAAAACAGAGGUGGAGUUUGUUCGGAUCGUCGUCUGAGGGUCAGAACCACAACCGGAUCGUCUUCAACAUGAGUUCUGUCCAACUGCAGGACGGCAAAGAGCUGCUCAUCAGCACCUCCAUGGACAGAGACAUUAAAUGCUGGGACCUGGAGUCUUUAGGCUGCUGCUGGACCCUCCCCACCCUGGGGGGUCACGUCUACACCCUGACCUUCUCUCCUGUGGGCGUGGCCUGCCUGGCGCUCGGCGUGGGCGACAACAUGAUCCGGGUGUGGAACACGCUGAGCUCUCAGAACCAGUAUGACAUCAGGUCCUUCUGGCAGGGGAUCAAGUCCAAAGUCACGGCGCUGGCGUGGCAUCCGAGGAAAGAAGGCUGGCUGUCCUUUGGGACUGAUGAUGGAAAAGUUGGGAUCUACGACGUUUUCUCUAACAAGCCUCCUCAGAUAUCGAGCUCCUACCACAGGAAAACCGUGUACACGCUGGCUUGGGGGCCCGCCGUCCUCCCCAUGUCGUUGGGUGCAGAAGGAAAAGCGAGCUACAGCUUGUACAGCUGCUCCGGUGAAGGCGUCAUCCUGCAGCACGACCCAUCCAAGCUGAGCAGAGCGGCGGCAGACAUCGAUAAGCUGAUCAGGGACACCAACAGCAUCCAGCACAAACUGUCUCCACACACAGACCUCAGCUGGAAACCAGAUGGGAAGGCUGUUGCUAUUGGCAACGAGGAUGGGAGCAUCGAUGUGUACCAGCCCCCCCACCUGAAGCUGCUGUGCAGCAUCCAGCAGCAUCACAAGAUCAUCAACACGCUACGAUGGCACCCCGACCACAGCUCCGCCCCUGAGCUGCACGCCCUGCUGGCCUCCGGCUCCAGCAACGCCAUCGUCUUCGUGCACGACCUCCGCUCCGUCCUAGAGAAUCCUCCAGAGGAGCCGGCGGUUCUGACCGAGUCCUAUCGUCGGUUAUCCGGCCACACGGCUAAAAUCACGGGGAUGUCGUGGAGUCCGCAUCACAGCGGCCGGCUGGUCACGGUCUCCUACGACGGCACCGCCCAGGUGUGGGAUGUUCUGGAGGAGGCUGCCAUCUCCAACUACCGCGGUCACAACGGCUACCUGCUGUGUGUCGACUGGUCACCCGUUGACCCAGAUGGGAUCUGGACCGGAGGGAGGGACUUCACCGUGCACGAGUGGAAGGUCUCCAAACAGGAAUUCACCAAACCCCCCAAAGGAAAGAAGAAGGUCAUGAUGCAGGAGAAGCGGGCCCGUUCCAAACAGCAGAAGAAAAAGAGCAAGAACGGGUCCGGAGGAGCCACGGCGCCGAACAUGAACGGAGAUUCUGUUGUAGGAGUAACCAUGACGACUGAGAAGGAGCUGUCUGAGGACGAGGAGGAGGUCCGAUCCACACAGAACCAGGAGGUGACCACAGCAAAUUUUGAGACGCAAAAAAACUCAAUUCCUGCUGCGAAAAGUAAAGAAAAACCAGAUCUCCUGGUUCUGAAGAAGAAGAAGGCCCGCUCCAUGCUGCCCCUCAGCACCUCCAUGGACCACCGGCCCAGAGAGGAGCUGCUGCAGGACGUCCUCACACUGGCCUCCGUCAGACACCCGGGGGGUGCAGCCCCUCCUGCAGGCUGUGUCCCGGGUCAGGGGGACCACCUCCAUCUGGGCCUGUUCCACGACCGACCGGCGCUGUACCGCAUGUUCCAGGCAGAAGAGGACGCCCACAUCGAGGCAGGUCACUACGACUCGGUGGUGUACCUGCGCCUUUGGACUGGAGACCUGGAGGGGGCGCUGCAGCUUGCCACAGAGAGGGGCGAGCUGAACGACCACCUGCUGUCCAUCGCCCCCAUGGCUGGCUUUGAGGUGUGGCGCCGGACGGUGGAGGCCUUUGUGAAGCAGCUGUGUCUGCAGGAGCAGUACCUGAAGGCAGCGUCUCACCUGCUCUCCGUCAACAAACCGUACCAGGCUGUGGCGCUGCUGGAGUCCAACAAGCUCUACAGAGAGGCGAUCGCUCUGGUUCUGGCCCGGCUGCCGGCAGAUGAAGUGGUUCUGAAGAACCUGUACACGUCUUGGGCCGCUGUGUUGGAGAGAGACGGACAUUUGUCUGCUGCUGCUAAAUGUUACCUCGCUGCUGGCUGUGGUUUCGAUGCAGCCAAAGUCGUCUCCAGAAAGAACGACGUUCCGUCUCUGAGGACGGCCGCCAGCCUGGCCCGGAUCUCCGGAGAGGAGGCUCUGGCCCAGUCGCUGGCUCUGAGAUGUGCCAGAGACCUGGCUGCUGCUCACGACUGGGUCGGAGCGCAGGAUGUUCUGGGCUCACAGCCGGGCCUUCUGGUCCACAGGAUCCACCUGUGUGUGGCUGAGCUGCUGGCGGCGCUGCUGGACAGCUCCGAGGUCUUCCCUCUGGCUCCCGGCGCCUCCAGCCAUCCGUGGGCAUCGCCAGGUCAGAGAUCCACCCUCUUUCUGGACCGGGUCACUGAUGUGUGGGAGGAGGAGUUCGGUGUUGGAGCCGACAGCGCAGAUGUUCUGCUGCAGGACCUGAGGAGGGUGGAGAGUCCAACACCCAGCACCAGCAUCCCCCUCAGACAGGUUCUGCUGUACUGCUCGGUCCACCUGACCCGGGCGCUGCUGAGCUGGUUGGUGGACGACGGCCAGCAGCUGUUGGAGGAGCUGUGGCGGGCGGCGUCCUGGCUCCGAGACGAGGGACACUUCUGUGUCUCUGCAGAGUUCUGCAGGCUGCUGUUCCCCGACGGAGACAUCCGGGUUUUCUCCAGGAGACAUUCCAAAACUCUUCAUCCCACCACAGAAGCAUCCAGUGCAGCGGCCAGCAGCCUGCAGGCGAUGGCCUCCUACCACCGUCUGUACCGGUUCUGGUGGAGAGACUCGGCGGGCAGACAAGACGUCCAGAACGGACUUCCUUCUGAACAGCCAGAAGACCAGCUGGAGAACCCAGAUUCGGAGGAACUGGACUUUGAUGUGUCUGUCCUUCUGUCGGAGCCGCACGCCAUCAGUCAGGCUGCUCACAGAUCUGUGAAGGAGAUCCAGGACCAGCUGGCCGCCAUGGUUCUGCAGCACAACCGCGUCCUGGGGAGUCAGCUGGACUCUGGGAUCCAACAGGACCAAAGUCCCUUAUCAGACGGUCCGAGCGGUGCUGAUGCGGAGCAGCGUUCGGAAAACCAGGAGACGUUUCUGUCUUUGUCCACAAAGAUGUCCAAAUAUCAGAAGGAGCUGUCGGACCUGCCCGAAUCCAUCAAGAUGUUCCCUCGCCCAGAUGUGGUGGAAUGUUGCCUUGUUCUCCUUCAUCUCAGCCGGUCUUCGUCAUCCGUGUCCGACGUUCUCCAGGAGGAGGCCAAAGAAAUGCUCCGUAAACACGGAAGCAGCCGCAGCGUUCUGAAGGCCAUGCGGAGACUCUGCUCCUGAUCGGAGCUCGUCAUGCGCCGCUGCUGUCAAAUAAAGAACUUUGGUAACGAA